GAAGCAGCUAUUAACGCCCAGACGAACUACGAUACUGCAAAAGCUUCUGGGACGAAAAGGCAACAAAAAGAAGCCAAGGAACUGUUGGAGAAUGUCUUGCACGAGUACAAGUUCAACCACUACCGAUAUCAUCUGAACCAAGAUCUCAACAUGGAAAUCACUUUCCGAAACCGACGUUUCCGAAGUGAAUCUUUGCAAUGUUUGGAACGGAUGUAUCCAGAGUGCAAGAUUGGAUUCCAGUUUGAUUCUGAUGAAGCUUGGGUCGACAACUCGGAUAACACGAUUCUCAAUGUCGACACCUACAUUUCGAUGAAGCUCGUGGAAUUGGGAUUGUUGGGAAUCGACUCAAGAUCAUUGCUUGACAACAAUCCAGCUGAGGAAACGCGCAGGGAAAUCCAGAUGUUGCCUCAUGACAGUCGCGGGCGAUCGAUCAUGCCAGAAGUGUUGGACAUUGGACAACGGACAGUCCCGUGCCCAUUCUGCGGAGCACUUCAUUUCGAAGAUGCUCGAAAUUUCACUUGUUGUAAGAAUGGAGCUGUGCACCUCCCACCGCUGAAGAAGUUGUCCCAAGUCUUUACUGAUACCAUGAAAAGUACAACGUACCGUGACCUGACGACAGUGAUCAAUGGACACUUUGCCGUGAUUAGUAUUCGCUACCAACGGGUACCUCAGGCGGCACACGGAGUGCAAUCGACAAAGAUUAGAGGAGGAGUUAGCGGCCAUGUAUCUGCACUUCACGCAUGGGACGAGAAGAACGCACAGUUUGGAAAUUUGAUUGUUAUGCAAAGAAACAACGAACAAAUUGCGGAUCUCAGGCUGCAGUUGCUCAACCGGGACAAAAUUCCAGCGAAGCUCAUAUACUUCUUCAAUGGAAUUCAAGAAUACCUGAACGCGAAUCAUAAGCUCUACGCAACGUACAAAAGCAUCGGUGAAAUGGAACGACGCAUGAUGAAAGAUGAAAUCCAUGCUGAAUACAUCGCAAAAAAUGACAUCAAAUUCCGCAUCGUGAAAACAACGGAUCUCAACAAGGAGGAUUUGAAAAAUCUGAUGGCACACAAAGGAGUCUAUGCUUUUCCAGAAAGGAUGCCACAAGAUCCAGGAUAUGUAUUUGUUGCCUACUCUUUUAAUCGAUAUGAUGGAAGCUGGAUUCCAUUCGGAGUUGAUGUUUACCCGAGAAAUCCAAAGGAACCUCAGCGCACCAUUUCUUUCUUCUCAGAUAUUGUCGAACAUGGAGGCUAUGUGCUCCUAUUUCCCGAUGGAGUUGGAGGCUACAACAUUCACAAGUUCCGACGUCAUGAUUUUUCAAAAGGCGAGCCAUUGACUUGGGAACAGCAUGUGUUGGAAGAAGUGGCAGCAAUCAGAAAACGAAAAGAAAAUCCAGAGGACUAUUACUCGAACAUCACAGAACUUCUGAGAAGCCAGCAAGAGAAGAAAUCCGCAGAACAACAAGAGGAUCAAGAUGUAGACAUGGAAGAAGACAAUGAAGAUGCUUCUGCUGAACCAAUUCAAAAUGAAAGUGAAAAUGAAAUGGUUUCCGAUGAAGAUGAUAAAAAGUCGUCCAAUUCUCAAAGUGAUGUUGACGAUCAGAUGCUCCACGAUUAUGAAGAUGAAGAGGGAAAGCUGGAAGAUCCGUUCAACUUAAACGACGAUCAAAUUCUCACCUAUGGCAAAUAUGAAGAUCGUCAAGAAGAUUCCGACGAAGUAGGACAACAGCGUCAAGUCUACAUAAUCAAGAAUGGAAGAUUGCAGCCAAAAAGAGUUUUCAUGGAUAUCCCAGUUCAAUUCGGAAAUCCUCUUUUCCCGAAAGAAUUUUAUGAGGAAGUAGAUCCACAACGCAGAUUCCCAGAUGAUCAGAGUGAUGAGGAUGAAAAUCUGGAAGAUGAAAAGGACGAGGAGGACAACGGAAUGUUCAGCUUUAAAGGUCCCAAGUUUGAAAAAAUGGAUGCUCCAGGAAAAGAUAUCGAAUUUGUGAUCAAAAAUGGCGAAAGGAUCCCAGAUGAAGAUGUCAAUUGGGGAGGUGAGUACACUGGAGAACCGCUUGAUGUUGGUCGCCGAAAUCGCGGAAAACUUGUUCAGAACAUGGAUGCAAGAGUGUGGGUCAGUCUCGCGGAAUACGCAUGUUACCGCUAUCAAGAUCGACUGUACUACGUUUGUCGAUUCCAACACCACGGAUCAAUCAUCGAACUUUGGUGCAUCAACACUUGCAUUCGAGUUAUUCAAGGACGGAUGAUGGCACUCAUGGAGCAUCGGAAGAAGGUGGCUCGAGUUUCCGAUAGGAACGCAAUUAUGGAGUACUUCAAAAAUCGUAUCCAUAAAGCGAUCAAGAGUUCCUGGGACAAGCAAAUAACAGCGCCAGUUGAUUCUUCAUGCGGUUACAAUGGCCAACGAGAUGGGCAAUCCAAAUUUGUUCAUCACUUUCACGGGAAAUCCGGAAUGGAAAGAGAUACAGGAGUACACCAAGGAGAAAAAUUGCAAAUGGUAUCAUGCUCCAGCAUUUGUCAAUGCCGUCUUCAAGACAAAGUUCGAGAAGCUCCAGGAUGAUGUUAUUGGAGAGAAGACUCGUGACUGGAGUCGAAAUUCUAAGAAGCGAGGAAGAGUGUACAGGAAGUCUGGAAUCUUUGGGAAAGUGAAGUGGUACACUUAUUCAGUUGAGUUCCAGCAAAGAGGAAUGCCUCAUGUGCAUAUGUUGGUUUGCUUGGAGGAACCGAUCACGAAUGCACAUCAAGUCGAUCUCAUCACCACUGCUGAAAUGCCUCCGAUUCCAGAUCCAUCCGAUCCUGACUUCCACUCGAAAAUGCGUCUACGAAAAGCUGUUGAGAAGAAGCAUGUUCACUUCCCAUGCAAAGAUGCUCCUGACUCAUAUUGUAACGAAGGGAAAAAGGGACAUUGGACAAGAUGUGGAAAGGACUUCCCAAAGCCAUUCCUGGAUGAGACGAUGCUCGACGACGGCCCAUAUGCAAAGUUAUGAAGAACGAGAGCAAAUACGGUUGAGCUGAAAAGAGGAUCCAAGUAUGUGACUGCUGGCAGUGAGUGGGUAGUGGCUUAUAACCCGUACAUUCUUUUGAAGUAUGACUGUCACUGUAAUGUGGAGGUGGUCAAUUCCAUCAGCUCCUUGAAAUAUAUUUUUAAAUAUAUUUUCAAAGGGCCCGACCGUGCCAUCCAUGAAGCAUGCGAAACAGUUCCAAUAGGAAUGCUGGCGGCGGACAGCCUGACUAUGAGCGGAAGUGUAUUCGUUCCUCGCAACUUGGACAAAGAAGUUGUCGCGGAACGAAUCAAAGAAGCUGAUAGAAUGAAUGAU